UGAAAGCGAGUGUGUCUCCGCGGGUGCUCCAACCCUGGAAACACCAUCCAAUCCUUACAUCUCCUGGGAUUCUGCUAUGCGCAUCGGACGAGGAGACGCCACUUGCGCUUUGGUUUUGGAUUGGUGUUAAAUCUUUAACCUUGCACCGCUGGACAGGAUGGAGCAUUGGAGACAAUGUGCGUUAUGGCUGAUCAAUUGCAGGGUGCUGCCACCGAACCAUCGGGUGACAUGGGAGUCCGCUCAGGUGUUCGACCUGGCGCAGACCCUGCGGGAUGGGGUCCUCCUGUGCCAGCUCCUCAACAACCUGAGACCCCAGUCCAUCAACCUGAGGGAGAUCAACCUGAGACCUCAGAUGUCACAGUUUCUCUGCUUGAAGAACAUCAGGACAUUUUUGCACGCCUGCUCAGAGAUAUUCGGCAUGAAGAAGAGCGAGCUGUUUGAGGCUUUCGAUUUGUUUGACGUUCGAGAUUUCGGAAAGGUUAUGGACACACUGUCCAAACUCUCUCAUACAUACAUUGCACAGCAGACUGGAAUAAGGCCGUUUCCCACAGAAGAGAGUGUUGAGGAUGAAGAAAUUUAUAACCAUCUAGAGGAUCUGAUAGAUGAGAAUGGUGUUGAGGAUGAGGAAGAUCUCUAUGACUGUGUGUAUGAUGAUGAUGAGGGAGGAGAGGUGUAUGAAGACCUGAUGAAGGUUGAACUGGUACAACCGCAGAAACAGGCCGAGACGGACGUCAGAAGCUGUUGUCUGAUGGAAAUCAAGCAGACUGAGGAGAAAUACACAGAGACGCUGGACUCCAUAGAGAAGUUCUUUAUGAAGCCUCUGGGACAGUCACUGUCCAGUGUGGAGAUUGAAAGAGUGUUCAUCAAUAUACCAGACCUUGUGAAGGUGCACAUGAGUCUUCUGAGAGAGGUCCAGGAUUCAGUGGUCAUGCAUAAUGCCAGCAACCUGUUUCAGAUCUUUAUAAAAUACAAAGAAAGAUUAGUCCUGUAUGGGAAGUACUGCAGUCAAGUAGAAUUAGCCAUUGCGUUUUUGGAUGACAUCUGUAAGAACAGAGAGGACGUCAGGCAGAUGUUAGAGUUAUGUUCCAAACGAGCCAAUAACGGGAAGUUUACUCUGAGAGAUCUUCUGGUGGUUCCAAUGCAGAGAGUUCUGAAGUAUCAUCUACUUCUACAGGAACUGGUGAAACACACCCAUGAUGCCACAGACAAAAGUAAUUUACGGGAAGCACUGGAUGCCAUGAAGGAUCUGGCUCAGUAUGUCAACGAGGUGAAGAGAGACAUCGAGACUCUACGAGACAUCGACCAGUACCAGAAAUCUAUAGAAAACCUUAAUCAGUCUCUACGUAUCUACGGGAGACCGAAAGGUGACAGCGAAGUGCGAGUAGCUUCAGUCGACAAACGAGCCAAACAAGACAGGCACAUCUUUCUGUUCGACGCCGCCGUGAUCGUAUGCAAACGACGAGGAGAUAACUACGAGAUGAAGGAGGUGAUUGACCUCCACUCCUUCAAGAUCACCAACAACCCAACCUCAGAGAGAGAAAACCGCAAGUGGUGCCACGGAUUCUACCUCACACACAAUCAGGGUCAGAGCGGCUUCGAGUUCUUUUUUAAAACCAAGGAGGUGAAGAAGAAAUGGCUGGAGCAGUUUGGCAUGGCAUUAUCGAACAUCUGCCCAGAGAGCGGGAAAAGUAAUUUCCAUGAGUUCCACAUGCACACCUUUGAGACAACCACAUCCUGCAGCUCAUGUAAAAUGCUGCUGAGAGGUGUCUUCUAUCAAGGCUACCGCUGCUCUAAAUGUGGUGCUGGUGCCCAUAAGGAGUGUCUUGGUAGGGUGGAUGUUUGUGUCAGCAGUGCCGGUGAGCCUCGCAUUCAACACAGCAAAAGCUAUCUAGCAAUAUCUGAUCAUACACAUUAUGAAGUGUUUAUUUGCAGAGCUGCGCUGGAGCCUCUGGCUUAUGUUUCAGCAUUAUGUGAUGUCUUACCCCGCUGCAAACUAAUGAUUGACCUACACUGUAGUGUAACAGACAGGGCAAUAAAAGCUUCCAACAUGCAGAGAUUCCUAAUAACAACUGCAACAGGACAAAGUUCACAGUGUACGCUCCAAGCACAGGCCCGGCCUCUCCCCUCGGGAGCCAAUGAGACUGGCUCCUGGUACACAACUCCAUCUAGUCCGGCCCCUCAUGUCAAUUUAGCUCACACAGCUUGUAGAUUGACUCUAACCAUGCCUGUCUUCAACAUGCUUGCAGAUUCCAGCUCUUUUGGAUCACAGAUCGGAAAACAACCCGGUCGUGGAGGAGACACAGGUCUCCCUAAGAUGAUGGUCAUCCGUAAUUACUAUGGGGUUCCAAGCCCCCUCUCUGGCCCACCGCUCAACAUCCAGGUUGGUGAUGUCAUCGAGGUGAUGGAGGCAAACAUCCGUAGCAGUUGGUGGAAGGGUAGAGUCCUGGCAACUAAGGAUGUUGGCUUCUUUCCAAGCGACGCAGUGAAGCCAUGCCCAUGUGUACCCAAACCUGUUGACUACUCUUCUCAGCCUUGGUUUGCAGGCCCAAUGGAGAGGCUGCAGGCAGAGGAAGCACUGCUCAACAGGACGAGCAGCACAUACCUGGUCCGUCACAGAAGCCGAGAGUUUAACGAAUAUGCCAUCAGCAUCAAGUACAACAACGACGUGAAACACAUCAAGAUUUUAACAAAGGAGGGACUCUUCCACAUUGCAGAAAACAGGAAGUUCAGAAGCAUUUUAGAGCUGAUCGAGUAUUACAAACAUCACUCUCUGCGGGAAGGAUUCAGGACACUUGAUACGACGCUGCAGUUCGCCUACCGAGAGGCGGAGAAUGGAGCCAACAACCCGUUGCUCUGCGGGCUGUCUUUUCUAACUCCCGCCGGCUACAGCUUUGCCCCCCCCUCUACCGCCCCAUUCUGGUCAGUGUUCGCUCCUAAGGUGAUGGGUGUGGCGAUCGCCCGCUACGACUUCUGCUCUCGGGACAUGCGGGAACUGUCUCUGCAGGAGGGUGAUGUGGUGAAGAUCUACAGCAAAACUGGAGCCAAUGGCUGGUGGAAGGGUGAAGUCAAUGGACGGGUGGGCUGGUUCCCCUCCACGUACGUAGAAGAAGGCGAGGAAUGAACGGCUCAGCGAUUGCGCACAAGAGAUAGGAAACAGAGGGGAAAAAAGCAGACGGACUGAGUCAGAAAAAGGGCAAGCGAUUGGCCGCUCUCUCUGUGUCUUGUUUGUCUAUCCUGGAGGACGUGCAUGGGGUUUGAUAGAUGAGGACUGUUUCUCAGGGAGCAGAUUAUCCAACACAACCCCAGACCGCAUUUUAAAAGACCCUUCCGGGUGCCUGGAUGGAGCGUCGUGGAUGAAUCUGGGCCGGUAUGCCAGAAUCGGACUGAGGUUACGCCGCGAGCUAUUUCUGUGUGCGUGUGGCAGUUUGUCUGCUCAUGGGGAAACAUAUUUGUCCUGACCUUGCCUGAGUCCUCCUUACCUGCACUAUUAUUGAUGACGCCCCUCCCUGUGUCUGCACUGCCACGGAGGUGUUCUCACACACGGCCCACAAUCCCACCCAGCUACUCAUCUCCGAUUAAGAUCAUAGCUCCCUGCCAUGUAUGCUGCGGUAAUUGAUUGCAGUCUCUUCCCUGAUUCUAUCCGACGAAAUCUCUCUUAUUUUCAGAUUUCCACUUUAAAGGAAGGACCGGUUGUUUUGUGCGUUGCGCGCUUAUCUCCAGAGAUACAUAGUGGGAUUGUCAUGCCCUGUUUAUCUGAUUUGCACGCUACCGCAUCAUCGGGGAGAUGCGCAGCGAGACGUUGACAGGAAACAAAAGGGAUCACUGUGACAGGCCUGUAAACAGCUUUUUCAGCAGGGGCACACGGCCCCCGAAAGCAUUGUGCCACCCCAUCCAGAAGGAAUCCUGCGAGAUAGCGCAGACAGUGCCUUCUCAAUCAACAAAUGAGGGGGAUUUAUACACAUUUGCAAGAAGAAUUGACACAUUGCAAAACAAUGAGCCAGAUAAUUCUGUUUGAAAUCCCCCAGGGGAUCAGAAACCUUGGGAUAUAUAUAUAUAAUUAAAUUAUUAUUUUUAUUAAAUUAUGAAACUGAAAUUAAAUGCUUAUUUCCAUUCAAAAUGUACUUAAAUUCAGGGAAAUUGACACAAAGUUUCAGAUAUAAGUCGAUUAGCUCACCACUAGAGUCACCGAGAAAAUGUUUGGCCAUGAGUUUGUAAGUCAUUUCUUCAUUGCAUCAAAAUAUGGCAUUGUUCUGUGCUGUUGGAUGGGAUAUUGGCUGUUUUCACAUCCUGCUUCUUUCCCCUUUGGGACUCAUUCUUCAAGAUGUUUCAGUGCUGUAACGCACUAGCCCUGUCUGCAGCUACAUGUAGAUCUGUGUGCAAUCUGAACUGGCUCUAAACUGUGAUGAAAUUAAGUUUUCAGCGUGUUUACACUGCUGAGGUGACAGACUCUAGGAUCAGGAAACAGUCAAAGCGCUGGUUUGUCUCAAAUGGUUAGAUUAAAGUGCACUCACAAAGGAAUAUUUAUUUAUUUGUGAUCCAAGAAGAGACUUUGACAGGGAAAGACAUUCAAAGGAAUACCAACAAAUGACUGAAAAGCUCCAAGCCAGUAGAGAACAGAAAUACACUCCUAUGUGCCUACAAAGCAGUCCAAUGUAAAGCGUCUCCAUGUAUAACUGGCUGUUCUUUCUUCACGUUAUGCUUUGAUUGAACAUAAAGAUGGAUCUUUUUAUUGUUUUACUUUUUCAUCUUCCCAAAGAGUUAUAAUGUAUUGCAAAAUCUUCAGGAUUCAACAUUUUUUUUCUUUUCCUGUAAAAUUAGAAACUAUAUGUAGAGU